UCGGGUUUCAUUGAUCGGCGAGAUUCGGUAGCGCGUACACACAUACAAAACUGUUUAUUUUGAUAUUCAUGCGCAUAUUUUCGGUUCAUUAUUCACUUGUUUUUGCAAUAAGUACAUCGCAUAAAUCUUUGUAACCCUUCUUUCGAAGAAAAAGACGCAAGAGAUAAAAAAAACGUCUGUCAACAUUUUAUCUAAAGAAAAAUAUCCACGUUGAUUAUAUCAUUCUAGUGUGAUAGACACAAAAAAAACAACCGAAUUAUUAUCACAGCUUGAUAGUUUAUAUUACAUAUUAAAAAUGAGAAUUUUUGUUGGAGUGGGAGUUUGUUUACUAUUGCAUCUAUCAAUGUUGUACAAUGUAAAUGCUCAAACAAAUAACAUUGAAAUUGGUGAUUUUCGUCCAAUGGUAAUUUAUAACACAACAAAAGAGUAUCCGACACCAAAGCGACCAUGGUAUAAAGUGAUAUUUGACUUUUUCACUCGUUCGCAAAAGCCGGUGCUAAAUUUCAACGAAACAUUUCCAUCAAACAAAAGCAUUGAUUCGGAUUUGUGGCUUGCCGGCAUUCGAGUGAUGGACGCUGAUCGAUUUGGAAAAGGUGGCUUGGUGAAAAUUGUUGAUGGUGGUCUGCAUCAAACCUAUGUUACCAUUAAUUUUUGCUCAAAACCAGGCGAAUCGAUGCUCUACACAAUCAUAUUAAAUGCCGUUUAUAUGCGAAAUAAUUCAUAUCAACAAAAUGCAAUUCAAAAAGCAGCACCCACAAAUCCGUCACCAUCAUACGGUUGGAUUCAACCCACAAAUAUAUCAACGUUCAAUAGAAGUUCGGUUCUUGUACAAAAUCUAACAUCUCCAUCAAAUUCACCGUGGUGGCAUUUUUGGUAGUCAGCUAUUAGUCAUUCGUCAUCAUCGUGCGCACGCAAAACAGUCACGAUACUGAUUAAUGAAAAUGAAAAUGAACUGAAUUGAUAUCAAAUCAAAUAAAAUUAUAUUGUAGAACGAAACACGAAAA